AUGACAUCGUCGCCUUCGGGUAACACGCUCCUGCUCAAACGGCAGCUCACCGAGCUUCGCAAACGUCCCGUCGACGGCUUCAGCGCCGGUCUCAAAGAUGAGAGCAACCUUUUUGAAUGGGAGAUCAUGAUCAUCGGCCCCAACGACACACUCUACGAAGGCGGCUUCCUACGAGCAGAGUUGAUAUUCCCGGCAGAAUACCCGCUGCUCCCACCCAAGAUGAAGUUCAUCACGCCCAUGUGGCAUCCCAACAUUUACGCAGACGGAACUGUUUGUAUCUCGAUCUUGCAUGCUCCUGGCAAUGACGAAUGGGGCUACGAGGAUGCGAGCGAGCGCUGGUUGCCGGUGCACACCGUGGAGUCUAUUCUCAUCUCCGUUAUUAGUCUCCUUUCCGCCGACGUACCCAACACUGACUCGCCAGCCAACAUCGACGCCGCCAAGCAGGUCCGGGAAGACAUCGCUGGCUACAAGAAGAAGGUACGACGACUUGUGAGGCAAUCUGCAGAGGAAGCCUUCGAUUGA